CAAACACCGCUAACUUCUCUCUUUCUCCCUCCAUGGCUAAUCAGGCUUUGAUACCACUUAACCAACACCAGCCGCCGCUGCCGCCUCCAUCACCGCCAUUAAUACCACAACCAGCGCUACUACCAUCAGCACCAAUGGGUCGUGGGAAAACCUUAGCAUCUACUGCAGCCAACUUAGCAAACCUUUUGCCAACAGGAACCGUACUUGCAUUCGAAGCCCUUGUGCCUUCUUUCUCAAAUGAUGGCGAGUGUUUUGCAGCCAAUAGGUACCUCACCUUAGGCGUGAUUAUUUGUUGUUCGCUAGUUUGUUUCCUCUCCUCCUUCACUGAUAGCUUCGUCGGUCAUGAUGGCAAGAUUUACUAUGGUAUUGCCACCUUCAAGGGCCUAUAUGUGUUUAAUGACUGUGACUGUAGCGAUGGAUGUGGGGAGGAAGAAAUAAAAGGCAACAAGAAGACUAAUUACAGAAUCACUUUGAUAGACUUUAUUCAUGCCUUCUCGUCGCUAAUUGUGUUCUUGGUUUUUGCUAUUAGUAGCUCUAAUGUGCAAGAAUGUUUCUUUUCUAAAGCAGGACCUAAUGAGAAACAAAUUAUCAUGAAUUUGCCAUUGGGAAUUGGUUUGUUCAGCAGUUUUCUGUUCACAAUAUUUCCUACUAGACGCAGAGGAAUUGGAUACGGAGACAUGACACCAGCCCAUGACCAAAAGGUCCACAACCCCUCCAACUCGAAAGCUUAAAGUGCUCAAAGUCCAAUAAUUGACACUUGGAUUGGAUGAUAGUCAAUGUAACUUGUAAAUGGAUAAAUGCUAUCCAAUCCAAUAACUUUGGAAGACAUGAGUGUUAUGCAAAAUGAAGAAAUUAACUAAAUUUAAAAUAAUAUCAAAUAAAAGUUAAAUAGUGAAGCAAUUAUGUUCA